ACAUCUUUAACGAAUACACAACAACGGCCAUCUUUGCACUUGCUCGCCCGUGCUCUUUGCUGUCGCGGAUGAUGACCUGAGCUCUACUGACAUCCUCACCUCGAGUCCUCACACUUCCAUCGUUUAUCAUGGUCCAACCCAUGGCGACCGACACCCCGCAAGUUGUGCGCAACAACCCCAAACCGCCGCCGGAGAAGCUCUGGGCUGUCAGGGACCCGCCGGUCCAGGGCUAUCGCGCUAUAGAUACCGAGGGCUACCGACGAAGCUCUGCGGACACGGCAAUCGUUAUUGACAAUGGCUCUUCCACUGUCCGGGCCGGCUGGUCCUUUGACCAAAACCCUCGCCUCCAAGUUGCGCCGAUGAUGGCGCGCUAUCGAGAUCGCAAGCUGAACACCACAUUCCAAUUCAUUGGAAACGAAGUAUACGCGGACGGCACGGCACGAGGACAAGCGAAGAACAUCUACGAGCCUGGGAGCAGUAUAAUAAACAACUGGGAUGCCAUGGAAGGUGUGCUUGAUUACGUCUUCAUGAAGAUGGGAAUAGACGGGUCGAGAGGGGGCAUUUCACGGCCGGUUGUAAUGACAGAACCUGUCGCAAACUUGGGCUAUUCAAGAAGGACUAUGUCCGAAAUCCUGUUCGAACUGUAUGGCGCGCCCUCUGUCGCAUAUGGCAUCGAUUCGCUGUUCUCCUACAACUACAACAAUGGUCGCAACGGACUCGUCGUAUCAUCCUCCUACACAUCUACACAUCUCGUUCCGGUUGUCGAGUCCAAGCCCAUGCUCACGCAUGCCACACGUAUCAACUGGGGUCGGUUCCAGAGCGCGGAAUACCUUCAGAAGCUCCUCCGCCUCAAAUACCCCAAUUUCCCUGGCAAGCUUACCGAUGUCCAGGCAGAGGAUCUCGUUCGGGAACAUUGCUAUAUCUCAACAGAUUACGAGAAUGAGCUCAGCAGGUACUUGGACUGGACCGGGCUGGAGGAUCGGGAUGUCGUCCUCCAAUUUCCCUACACGGAGCAGGUGGUGGUCCAAAAAACGGCGGAAGAGCUGGCGCGGGCAGCUGAGAAGCGCAAGGAGAGUGGUAGGCGGUUACAGGAGCAAGCGGCGAAGAUGCGGUUGGAGAAACUCAUCGCAAAGGAGCAGGAGCUCGCUUACUACAAAGAUCUCCAGGUCCGCAUUCAGGAUACCACCAAGAAAGAGGCUAAGCGGAUGUUGGAGUCUGAUGACUUUUCGGACGAGGCUCAGUUGGAUAAGAGGAUAAAGGAGCUGGACAAGUCUAUCCGCAAGGCUCGCAACAAGGACGUUGGCGACAUGGAGGAAGAGGAACAGGAACCGCCCACCUUCCCGUUGUUGGAAGUUGCUGACGACCAGCUUGACGAAGACGGCAUCAAACAGAAGCGUCAGCAACGAUUGAUGAAGUCAAACUACGAGGCGCGGCUCCGCGCGAAAGCGGAAAAGGAGCGCGAAAAGGCCCGGAUAGCAGAGGAACAGCGCCUAGACAACGAGAGGCGCGAACGGGAACCAGAUGCAUGGAUCGGAGAGCGGAGAGCAGCUCGUCAGGCAAUCAUUCAAAAGAUCAAGGACCGGGAACGGCUCAAAGCCGAUCUGGGAAACCGCAAGUCGCUUGCUGCGCAAAUGCGUAUGAAAUCGAUCGCGAACCUAGCAUCCGACAACCCCACCAAGAAACGACGCCGCGGCGGAGGCGACGACGACACGUUCGGUGCCGACGACGCCGACUGGGGCGUGUACCGCACGAUUGCGACAGGCGAGGGCUCCGACGACGAGGAAGAAGAAGACCUGAACGCGAGCCUCAAGACCAUCGAAGCGCAGCUGCUCAAGCACGACCCGCACUUCACAGAGGAAAGCACGCGCGAGGCGCAGACCGACUGGAGCAAGAGCCUCGUGCACGCGUUCGUGCGCGGGCCCUACGCCUUCGACUCCGAGAGCCAGCGCGAGGCCCACCAGGUGCAUCUGAACGUGGAGCGCAUCCGCGUGCCGGAAGUCGUGUUUCAGCCCAGCAUCGCGGGGCUAGACCAGGCGGGCAUUGUCGAGAUCGCGGCGUCUAUUCUGACGGAGCGGCUGGCGGGACACUCGAGGCAGCAGGACGUGCUCAAGGACGUGUUUUUGACGGGCGGGAACACCAUGUUCAAAGGCUUUGAGGAAAGGCUGCGCGAGGAGCUCACGGCGUGCUUGCCUAGUGCUGCGCCGUUGGUGGUGAGGAAGGCGAAGGAUCCCGUGUUGGAUGCUUGGAGGGGCGCCGCGAGGUGGGCGGGUAACGAUAGGAACAGGGGCAGCUUUGUCACGAAGGCAGAUUGGUUGGAGAAGGGCGGGGAAUACAUCAAGGAACACGACCUUGGUAACGCGUACUCGUGGUAAUGAUAAGAGAGUGGCUUUGGGUUGGCGUUGGACGGGCAUCCUGCUGGCCCUUAGGAGACCGAUCAUGUCCUACUAACAAGAAUACCAUAUAUCGAUAGAACUGGGGGUGCUUGGGGAAUGUCACUUGCUGAUGAGAAUUUGCUACCUAGAAAAGAAGAAUUAUGUGCGAUGCGCUGGAGCCGGCUCUGGUAU